AAUCAACAAAGAAUUCUUGUUCCGGUUAGAGGAGCAUUACGGGUUGAGUGGUCUAUAGAACAAAAUUAUUUAACGAUACUUCCGGUGGUUUAGAAUUUAUUUUACUCAUAUUUCACGCAUACAUGUUGUAUAAAUGGCUGGAUUGGAUUUAAUAACUAUAAUAUUAGCUGGAUUUUAUUUUGAAAACCUGUUUCUGGCGAUAUUGACCGCAAAUUUCCAACUUCACAGUCUGCUCUCAUGGUUGCGCUGGAAUCCAGCGGCUCUUUCUAGAAAGCGAAUGCAGGACGUCAUUCACUAUACACGGGUCUUAACGCAUCCAGGUGAGAGGUGAAAAGAGUCCUGCUCAUUGUGUUCUAUGGCAUGGCAUAUAUGACGCCACAAUGCUUGAGUUUGUUAUACAACAAAAAUGUUUGUUCGGGUUAUUCAUUAAAAAAAUAACUCCAAACUUUAGAAACACAUGGUAAUAUAAUUAUAUGUCUAUUUUAUGUGGCAGAACUUGAAUAGUUUACUGACGUGCUAAAAAAGGUGCUCCCCUAAAACGCAUUUCGGUUUUAACUGAGCUGUGAUGCUCCGGUCCAGAUUUAUUCCACAUGUGUACAUAUAUACAGCAUUAGUCAAUGUCGGAGGAGAACAGGUUGAAAAAACCCACUGGAUGUUAUUCUUACAACCUUUACAAUAAUGUGUAAUAAUGGUUAUAAUAUAUUAGUUGAUAUAUUGCUUUGAGAGUUUGCGUGUAUAGAAAAAUGCAACAGAACCUGUGAACUAGCGCCACCUGCUGCCCACCAGGCGCCAUGACACAGGCUCAGGCUCUGCCCUGGUCUCAGCUCUGUCCAUGAGUCAGCAUCAGUGCAGAGCUGCAGGUCACUGAGCUCUGCUGCUUGUCAUUACAUGGUGCCUGUGCUUUUCCUCCGCCACGCCUGCAUGUUCCACACAAACCAUGGAUCAGUUUCAUGGAUUAUUUGUUAAAAUAGACCAAAACAAUGAUGGAUUCAUCUCAGUGGCAGAGCUCCACGAUGAAAUGAGGAAGCACGGGAUCCUGUCUGCAGACGGCCGAGUCCAGAGCAUCAUUGAUUCUUAUGAUAAAAACAAAGACGCCUUGUUGGACUAUGAGGAGUUCCUCAGCUACAUGAUGGACAGAGAGAAGAAAUGGAAAAUUCACUUUCAUGACCUCGACAGGAACAAGUGUGGGGCAAUUGACCAGGAGGACAUCAUAAGUUUGUUUAAGGAGUUAGGAGUGGUCAUUUCAAAGGCGAAGGCGAACAAAAUUAUACAAAUGAUGGAUAAAGACAGUUCCAUGACAGUUGACUGGAAUGAAUUCCUGCAUCACGUCAUCCUCAACCCUGUGGACAACAUCGGGGAGCUGGUGUCCUCGUGGAAACACAGUCUGGUCUUUGAUGUAGGAGAGAGUCGUGCGGUGCCUGUCGAGUUCCCUGAGGAGGCGUCUGCCUCCGGUGCGUGGAGGACGUUUGUCGUUGCGGCAGGACUGUCGGACGCUGUGUCUCGGACGGUAACGGCUCCCAUCGACCGGCUCAAGACUCAGCUACAGGUUCAUGGAUCCAAGGCCUUCUCCCAAGGCGUUCAGGAGAUGAGGGCGGGGGGUCUACGCUCGAUGUGGCAAGGGAACGCCGUCAACGUGCUGAAAGGAACGCCGCAGUCCACGCUGCAGUGCUUUAUCUACGCACAGACGAAGGUGUACACCCAGAACCAAACUCAGCAGACUCUGACAGUGCAGCAGCGCUUCGGGCUGGGCUGCGUCUCCGGCGCCGCUGCUCACGCUGCCUUCUACCCUUUAGAGGUGUUGAAGGUGAGGCUGAACCUGCAGCAAGCUGGAACCUACAACGGCGUUGUGGCCUGCGCCCGAUCCAUUUACAGACAGGAGUCUCUGUUGUCCUUUUACAGAGGGUUCCAGCCCAGCAUCCUUUGCAUGGUGCCCUAUGCAGGGGUAGAGUGUGCAGUGUAUCAGUCCAUCAUGAACUGGGCAAAGAGUGAUCCAGCCUACAACAGUGACUCCAAACUGUUCUUCUUCAGUUUUGUGGCCUUUGCUUCUGGACAAAUGACCAGCUACCCACUGGCAGUGAUCCGGACCCAGCAGCAGGCACACGCUUUCAGCUCAGAUUCACGUCCAGCCUCGGGUGUUUUACAAGCACUAAUUGGGAUAUAUGACAGACGUGGAAUUAGAGGAUAUUAUAACGGCAUGGGAGCCAGUUUUGUCAGGGCUGUUCCCUGUGCUCUGAUAAACUACACUUUGACUAGGAUGUUUGAAAACCAGCUGUCCUUCCUAGAAUCCUAAAAGUCAUUAAAGUCAUUGGGUUCUUUGCUUGUGUGACCAUCACAGCAGCGUCAUAGUUUAAUCAGAAACAAUAAGACAGAUAUAGCUGUAAACAAUUACAAACAGUGACGCACCAUGACAGUGUUUAUGAUCAAAUAUGAAACAACUCUGUAUUAGUGGUAAAUAUAUUGUGUGUAAUUGGCUGAAAGCAACAGACAUUGUACAUUGUACAAACCUGAUGCAAAGUUGGUUUUAACAUUCUAAAUUAUAUAUAUCUAUAUAAAAUUUGUCCAAUAAAACCCUGGUCGUCAAAUCAGGUGGUAUUAUUGUUUGACAACUUAUCAGAAAAUCUGAUAUCAAUAGCAGUGUUUACAAGUAUAUUUCU